AUGCAGCACGGCCUCAGUGCUCAGAGUCGGGCAAAUUCGAUUGCAGCUGCCGUGGUGCGCCAAGUGGAUCCGGUCAGUCAGUUGACUUCGUGCCAUACCGAAAAAGGUGCUGAUGCUCGAGAUGAGAUGUGGAGAAAAAUCCUCACCUUCUUCCCCGCAUUCCAGAUCCCGCCCAAGUUCAAGAUCACUCCAGCCACGAUGCACAUUACCUCAGCGCUUGUGAUCCAUGCAAGCGUCGAAAAGUUCGCUGCAAUGGUCAAAGCCGCUGCCAGCAGUGCACUCACCUUGGACUGCGAUAAUGGAGCGACAAAGCCGACGGAAACCCUGGCGUCGCGAGUGGUGGCCAUGUCCAUCCCCGCCUCGAUCGUUUCGCAUCCCAAUCCGAGUUUUUUUCAUGAAUUUUUAUACGAAUAUGAACGAUAUGUCUUUCCCAUGAGUCCGGUCAUCCCUGCAAAAGAAGUGGAAGAGAUGAUCUCCAGAAUGGACGAGAGUCGCGACGCCGCGUCGUUCGUGUACAUCUUCGCAGCCGUUACGCUCAACCUCACACGGGGAGAACCCGUGCAAGAAGCACCAGCAACGCGAGAGCGCAUCGCCACGCUGCUAUCGCGGUCGCUGGAGUAUCGCCGCCCGUUGGCAUUCGAUGCACAGCCGACCGUCGUUUCAGUCAUGACAAGUAUCUUCUCUGAAAUGUGCAGCGUGGGCCUCCGACGCCUCGACAUGGGGUUUUUCUAUCUCCGAGAGGCCAUUUCACUAUUGUACAUGCUGCACGCUCAUUCAGACGAGGCCCUGCUCGAGUUCAGUUUGCCAUUGCGCGCACGAUUGCAACGCGCUUACUGGGAAUGCUUCAUCCACGAGCGUUUCACGGCCCUGACUUACAAUAGACCCCCUUGUCUGAAAGCACUGCGAGGAUUACCCGAUCAUGAUCCGACAUUGCCCGAAGAGGUUGAGGUCGGGUUCAAUCACAAUAUCAACAAUUUCUGCCUGGUCGAUCGGGAAUUCUUGCAACACUGGCUUGGGGAGAAGUCUGGCGUCAGCUCCGAAUGGAUUGAACAUAAGCAGCUCCAGCUGGAGGACAACACCUGGCAUCAUGAAGUGUCCAAAUUGCCCGGCAUGAUGCAGGCCGAUCUGAUCAUCACUCGACACUGGCUUCGUACGUUGACCUGGCAGAUUGCCUUGUCCAACACUCUCCUCUCAUCGUCGCCCGACUCGUCGUUGCUUUUGUCGCUCUCGUUUCCGCUGCGCCUGUCAAAUCAGCUGCGCCAGUUCUUGGUCGGCAUACCCCGCGAUAUGGUGGGGAUCCACGGAUCUGGAAUUCUCGAGAAGCUCUUUGAAAUUGCCAACGUCAUCACGGAUGUGGUACUCCAUCUACCACAUGCACGUGGGGACGAGACCAUCCAGCGUAUUCACGACAUUGUCUUUUUGAAAAACUUUGUGUACUCUUUUGCGGGAUUUCAGACUUUACGACCUGCCAUGCUCACGCAAAAAUUUGAGCUAAUCCGAGAAAAGUAUCCUGAGAUCAGAGAGAUUGAGCUACUUCUAUGA